CCAGAAACAUGGGUAGGGUUAGGGUUAGGGAGGAGGCGGAGGCGGCUGCUUUAUUCCCGACGCGGAUCCCGAUCGGCAUGGCCAGCGGAGGCGGAGGAGCGCCAUGGGCGGACGGUGCCUUCCCCGAUUGGGUGAUGCUGGACCGCAUCGGCCGCACCAAGUCCUACGACGGCAUAUGCGCUGUUCGUGAGGCCGUCAACCAGAACAAGACCGCCGCUGCAGUUCACAUGGCCAGCGGCCGCUCCUGCUACGUGUCCUUCGCCCUCGCCGAUCCUCCAGAAGGGGUCUCCUACUUCGACCUCCACUGGCCGGAGAAAGAAGCCUCAGCCACCCGGCCCGCCUGUCCCUACGUCCGGGCAACUGACGAGGACCUCGUCCUCUUCCACAUCUCCAUCCCGAGCCAGACUCGCUACGUCAACAUCGCGUCAGAUCUGUUCGUCUACACGGCCGCCGGUCCUUCCCCCUCGGUGCAGCAGCUCCCUCGGUACACCAAGGACAGGAAAAGGCCGUUCCUGAUGGAUAAAUUCGCCACAGGCAUCCUGCGGCUCGCGCCGGACUGCUACAUUGUUGCCGACCUUAAUGUCUACCCCAAAAAAAGCGACACUGGCAAUCAUCCCAUGCUUGUUGAACUCUGCAUCUUCAACUCCGAGAAAGGACAUUGGGGAACCAUCUGCAACAGGCCUGCCCCGCGGCCGCAUGACCAGAGCAAUGUCCGGUUCCCCUUCCUGUGGUCAACUGACGAUGUGCUCGCUCUUGAUGGUCGUUUUCUGUGCUGGGUAGACUACUUCAGCGGUGUCCUAAUAUCUGACUUCUCCGAUACAUGCUCCCCCGUGCUUCACUUCGUGCCUUUCCCCAGGGGAAAAGCGUACCGUAAUGACGUACGGGUUGAAAGAUACUUCCCCGGGAGAUUCCAAAGUGUGUCCGUCAGCCAAGGCAUGCUGCGCUUUGUCCACAUUGACAAUGACUUCCAUGAGAGAAUCCAUAGUGGCCAUCGUCACCUUCUUGAGAGAAGACUAGGGCAGCACCCUCGCCAAAAGAUCACCAUUUGGAAUUUGAACAUGAUGUCCAAGUUCAAGUGGGAGCUCCAUCGUGUGAUCUACCUGGAUUCUGUCUGGGGUAGCUCUGGUUACCAGGAGCUGCACAUACCUUGCCGUCUUCCUGAGUUCCCAAUCAUCAGUGCGGAUGACCCGGAUGUUGUAUGCUGCCUUUUAAGGGAGGAGGAAUUUCACGGUGAGGCGUGGAUGAUCAUGGUUGACAUGAAACAGGCACAUGUUCAGUCAUGUACUCCAUAUAUCAAUCAACGGUCCUGCUAUGCUAAGUCUGUGGAUGUGGAUGUGCAAGCUCGCAAAAGCCGUUUUGCUAAUGUGCCCCUACUUCCAGCUGUCUUCUCCAGACACCUUGAAAGGCCAACAGGGAUGCUAUGGAACAACGACAAGCUUGCACCUCAUCCUUCAAAGAAGAGUAAGUUUGCAAGGUAAAGACUUGGGAGUAUGGUUCGCUCAAAUCAAAGAUGAUGUUUGUCAAAGGUGCAACUUUUGGGAUUCUCAAACCGAAGAUGAUGUUUGGUGCGGUGCAGACAGAAAUGUGGGAAAAUAUUAUAUUUAUGUGAUGAAGAUGAUGUACUAAUGAAUAUCCAUUAGAGUAAACGAUACAUAUUAUGGAUCCUGUAAUCGUAUGUUUGAAAGCCAGCCUGUUAUAUGUUUGGGAUUGAA